AUGGCAGAGGGAAUACCAUGCCAUCAGGACAAGGCUCUGAUGCACCAUCGAACCAGUGCUUUUGCCGCACUUGCACUCAGACUCACAUCAGAGGAGACUUGCGCUGACGAUACGACGAUAUUGACCAUUGCAGCCUUGUCAACGGUAGAUUAUAUGCUAGGAGUUCACGAGGGAGCUAAAAAGCAUGUGGAGGCUAUGGAAAAUAUCAGAUUAAGACGACCUGAUAUUCGCGGUGAUACACCUUGGGGACAGCUUAUUCUCAACACAAUCAAAGGAUAUGAUCAAUUGUGGAAGUUCGUGAAAGAUCAAAUUGAAGCCACAGCAGGACUCGCCCAAUUGUCAAUCGAAUCUCCUAUCCGCAACGAGCUGCCAAUGUAUGCGUCCCCUCCUUUCAAUACGAAAGUUUGUGAAGCACUUUCAAAGGUUUCCCCUACCUUCAACGAUAUGGCAAUGGCUGGAGAAUUGUCCGUGCAAAUGAUCGACAUCCUAGCCAAUAUUUCCAGUCUCGUCAAGGACGGAACCAUAUCGAGCCCCAUCAACGGUCAACGCACAUCACCAGAGUCGAGGGGGAGUUUCCUUCACUCGAUUGCUGAUCUUCGAUGUCUCUCUGUGUUGGGUGUCACUCUGGUAGAACGCUUUCUAUGUCACGGACUUAUUGCCUGCUGCUACACCUUGCAUUUUCAAGAUCGGCGUAACGCAGAAGACUACAUUGAUUCACUCCAAGAUCUCGAAGACAUGUUGACUAGCGUUGAGAAACGAGCGAUACGGAAAACACUGAUUGAUAAAUCCUAUAAAGAUUGUCUGGUGUGGAUUUCCAUCGCGGCGGCUGGUGCACAUGCAAUAUUUGAGUACUCGCCAACAGCUUUUGUGAUCCUUGACCAUGCAUUUGUCCAGUACCCCAAUGAGAUGGCUCGAUGGGAAUCCCUCUCAAAAGUCCUGAAGAAGUUCCUUUGGAGUGAUGAUCUCCUGAUAACUUGGAACAAUGUCUGGCAAAAAGCAAUGAUCCGACGUUCGAGGCCGUGGUGA